GUUUUGAAAAAGGUAAACACCCAGCGUGUUUAAAUCUAGGGUGGAACAACUUUGACACAAAGUAGGCGCGGUGAAGAAGUGGGGACGGAAGCUAAAAUUUUGACAGCCUAUUACAUUGUUUACGUUUCGUAUCAAAGGAAAUUAAUGAAAAGUAUAACGAAACAGUCGUGCCUUGGUAGUGGUGUUUUAUAUGACGUCACCAUCAACUUGAUCCAAAUCUAUUUUUUUUGUUUUUAAUACAACAAACAACAGUUACUGUUUUUCUACUCCGUAUUAUUGCCGCCUUUGUAAUCUGUCGAGGACGAAUAUAAAUAUCGAGGAAAGUGUAUGGCCCUGAUGGUCGGUUCCGGCUGGACGGAUCGAACUAGCAGAACAUCGGACCCAAAAUCGAUACUUGAGCUUCUGAAAAUCAAAUUCACCCUGUUGCGGUCUACAUCGGACGAGACCAGCAGUACCAAGGCGGACAUCAGAAGUGUUUCAGUAUGGUUUCGAUCAGCAACUGGAAAUGUUAGACAUCGGAGAACUGGAUGAAGAUAACGAAACAGAGCUCCAACAUUUUUUUAUCUGUUAUCGAAACCGUUGCGCUGAUUGCCGAAAUUGAGCCGAGCUUUCCCGGAAUUCCCUUCGGAUGCCAGUGUCACUUACACGCAGGUGCCCUUCACGAUCGGUUCAGUAUUUCGGGCCUCCAGCAGUAUAUCUUCGUCGAGAUCGCCGGAACUAGACUUAAUUUCAUUGUGAAAUUGACAGCGCGGGUAAGCACACUGUUACACGAGCGUUCGGAAAAGGUCAGCACGUCACUUGAGGAUCUGAUGGCUACCAAAAUCGUGAAGGAUGUUUUUCAAAUUUCAAGUACGCUGCGUAGCUUGCUGCUGGGAAUGCACUUUGUGAAUUCCGUUCCAAGAUUUCUGACGCCUCCGCAGAAUGUUCGUAAAGUUCAACUAAGAACGCUGACCAAUGCGGGCACCCAAUUGUUGCUGGGCGUAAUUACGCUCAAUUAGUGUCAACCUGCGACCAAAAUACCUCGUCCCACUGGACCACUGGUUCAGAGUGAUCCGCAUCACUUGGAUCGAACGACAAGUCGAGCCGUAUGCACAAACAAAACAAACAUUCGAAGGCCGAGCUGCCUUAUGUACUUCAGAAAUACAUUGCAUUUAUUGCCAGUGAUUUGAUUAGACUAAUCUGACCCAUACGAUACACUGUAAAUUUUUGCUUCGAUUUCCAGCAAAAAAAAUUGCUGGAAACGUUCAGCAAUCCAAAUUUUUGCUGGAAACCAGCAAUCGAUUUUCUUAUUGCUGGAUUUUUCAGCAUUCGGUUGUGUUCUUGUCAUUUUUGCUGGAAAAUCAGCAAUCGGUUUUCAAAUUGCUGGACUUUCCAGCAAUUGGUCUAGUUUGCUGGAAAAUCAGCAAUCGAGUUGUCAAAUUGGAGUCUGUUUGUUUUCGUACGCUGAAGCAAGGUGAGACUCUUUUUCACGAAUUUUGUUUAUGUUAAUACCAUUUUUUUUUAUUUUCCUCUAUAUUCUAGCAACCAAACAUCAAGUCAAGGGUAAGUUUGUAUUGGAAAUAGAUUUAUUGGAUUCAUGAAAGGUAUUAAUCAAAUCUCUAUUUCAGGUGGCGAAUGAUUAUCACAUUGUCACAAAGCUGCCACCCCGGAGGCGGUGUUGGUAUAUUGACAAAACAUAUGUCUCUGCUAAUUUAUUUAAUUCAUAAUAAAAAAAAUGGAAGAAAAUAAAUGUUUUUUGUUACUUAUCAUGCGCACAGCCAGUUUCAAUAUUUAAAUUCGAAUUGAAAUAUAAAUUUGAUACCAAAUACAGCCGAAUGUUUUGAUAGAAAUAGCUGAUUUCCAGCAAUCUGGAUUGCUGAUUUCCAGCAAUUUGAAUUGCUGGAAACCAGCAUUGAUGUUUGCUGAUUUUUCCAGCAAUUGAUAUUGCUGGAAAUAUUGCUGGAAAGUCAGCGG